AUGGCGUUCAACAUUCGUCCGCUAGUGUUGUCUGGACCAUCGGGUGGCGGCAAGAGUACAAUUAUUACGAGAGCAAUGCACGACUAUCCGAAUACUUUUGCACUGAGUGUAUCUCGUAAUUUUAUUUCUAAUACAACACGUCAACCGCGACCAGGUGAAGAAAAUGGCAUACACUAUUGGUUUAGUGAUAAGGAAAGUAUGCAGAAGAUGAUUGAUGCGGGCGAAUUCUUGGAACAUGCUUCGUUUGGUGGGAAUUUUUAUGGGACCUCGAAAAAAGCAGUUGAGGAUGUUCAGAAGACAGGUCGUAUUUGUAUAUUGGAUGUUGAAUUACAAGGUGUUCGUAGUAUCAAGAAAUGUGAUUUGAAUCCUAAAUAUAUCCUCAUCAAAGCGCCGAGCCUAGCUGUUUUGGAGGAACGUUUACGUUCACGAAAAACCGAAUCUGAAGAAUCACUUGCGAAGCGUUUGAAGCACGCAAAAGAGGAUCUUGAUGCAGUGGCAUCUGAUCCGAGUUUGUUUGAUUUCGUGAUUGUUAAUGAUGAUCUCGAAAACGCUUAUCAGCAGUUUAUCAGUGCUAUUGAACCCGAGCUUAAAGCUGUUAAAACGGCGCAAAAAUAG